CAGAAGCUGCUGCUCUUUAUUGUUUGAGCAAAAUGGAUGAUCACAAUCUAUCUACUGGAGAUCUGUUUCUAGUGGUUGAUAGUGGUGGUGGUACUGUUGACUUAACUAUGCGCGUUAUAUUAGAGGAUAGAACAAUUGGUGAAAUCACCGAACGUUCAAGUGCCUUGUGUGGAAGUACUUACGUGGAUAGAAAUUUUAUUGCUUUCCUGGAAGAAAAAUUUGGAAAAGAUGCAAUUAAGAAAUUUAAGGAAAACCAUUACCAAGAAUAUCAAUACCUAAUUCAUAACUUCUUUUGUCAACAUGUCAAAUUUGGAUACACCGGAGAACAAACGGCUUUUAAGAAAAUUACUCUGGAUUUUAAUAGAUUUUGUCCCAAACUUAAAGAAUAUGUGAAUUGUAGCCAUAUUCGGAUGAGUUUCGACGAUAUUAAGGAGAUGUUUGAUCCAGUUGUGGAGACUAUAAUUAACCUAAUAAAGGACCAGCUUUCUAGUGUCUCCGAAAGAUGCUCUGCUAUAUUUUUGGUCGGUGGUUUCUCAGAGUCUUACUAUCUGACCAAAAGAAUUGAGGAUGAAUUUAAAAACACAGUUCCAUACAUUUGUGUUUCUCCGAAACCCAUUACUAGUGUUGUUCGUGGCGCUGUUAUGUAUGGUUUAAACAAAAGCGUCAUAAAAUAUCGCAUAUUAACAAUGUAUUAUGGUGUCAAGAUUUAUCCGAAGUGGGAAAAAACCGACCCGAAAAGUCGAAGAACGACUGAUGAUAGAAUAUACAAGUUCAAUUGUCUUGCCAAACGCGGACAAAAGAUUGAGCUUGACAGGAAAUGUUCGGGCAUAUAUAUGCCUGUAUAUCCUGAUCAAAAAGCAAUUUCUUUUAAGGUUUUUGCUUCACCUAAAUAUGCUGAAUAUUGCGACGAUCCUGGUAUGAGAAAGAUUGGCAAUUUACACGUUAAUUUACCUGAUGUAGAAUUAGGGUUAGAUAGACUCGUGGAAUUUUCUCUAAUGUUUGGAGAGUUGGCAAUUACAGCUGUAGCCGUGAACAAGAAAAAUGGAAAUUUUUAUACUGCUGUUUUUGAUUAUGUUAAGUCGGAUUUUGAUUUAGAAUCGUUUUAA